UCGCCUUUUGAUUCGAGGUUAAUAAAAGGCGGCUGCUCUAGAUCAGCGCUGAGAACAGGGGAGCCGCCCCAGCGACUGUACCAGGGCAGGUACGAGAGUCUUUUGUCACAGGAGGGUCGGGAUACCUGGUGCGAGAGAGGAAAGUCUUGAAUCUCCCUUCCCAGCAGCUUCCCCCCGAAGAGUGGAGACCUUUCUCCUUCCCGAGUUUGGAUUCUCACAGAACCAUGGCUCUCCCAAUCCAGCGCGUAAAGUUUUCGUGGUUAGUCAGUACCCUUCUGCCGUUGGUGUUGAUGCCAGGGGAUGCAGGCAACGUCCCUACCUAUUCUUGGAGAGAUGCAGAGACCCAGGAGUGGCUAAUGUGUAAUCAGUGCCCACCUGGCACCUUUGUGAAGCAGCACUGCAGCCACAGGAGCCCCACGAAUUGCCAGCCAUGCCCAUCACUACACUACACACAGUACUGGAACUACCUGGAGAAGUGCCGCUACUGCAAUGUGUUCUGUGGGGAGCAUGAAGAGGAGGUUCAGGCCUGCAAUGCCACUCACAACCGAGCCUGCCGCUGCCAGUUGGGCUACUAUGCCCACGCUGACUUCUGCAUAGAGCACUCGGCCUGUCCCCCAGGCUCUGGUGUGGUCACUCUGGGAACCCCAACCCAGAACACACAGUGCCAACCGUGCCCCAAAGGCACCUUUUCAGAUAACAGCUCCAGCACAGAGAGGUGCCAGCCACAUCGAAAUUGUACUACCUUUGGCAUGUUCCUCAAUGUUCCUGGGACCUCAUUCCAUGAUACCAUGUGCACACGCUGUGCUAGUUUCUUGAGUAGCACUCCUGAGCCAGGUAACAAGGAAUGUGAAAAGGCAGUGAUUGAUUUUGUGGCCUUCCAGAAUAUUUCACUAAAGAGAUUGAGAAAGCUGCAGCAGGCUCUAGAGACCCCUGAUAGUUGGCAGACAGAAUGGCCAGAGCCAGAGAACCGGGCAGCUGUGCAGAAGGAGCUACUGCACAGAUUAACUGAACUCAGUGAUCCCCAAGAAUCUUCAAUCUUUGUACCCAAAUUACUACAAGCUCUUCGAAAAGCCAAGUUAACCACCUUGGAGAAGAAUCUUCGGAAGCGCUUCCUCCUUGACCUGAAAGACUAGAACACAUCCAACCUCUAUUCCACCCUCACCCCUUGGUUUGCCCAAGACUCCAUCAGACCAGCUCCUCUUCUAGGAGGCUAGGCUCUGCAGCCAAGUAUACUGGGACUCAGACCACUGUUUCAGUCUCUUCUGGACAAAGAGCCAAUAGGCAAGGAGUGCCCUUUCUGGAUUCCCCUCCCCCCCCCCCCCCAAAUCUUUGCAUUUCCUUAUUAGGAUUUCCCAGCCACAGCUAGAUGGCAAAAUGGAUAGAGUGCUAAGGCCUGGAGUCAAGACGACUCCUCUUCCCGAGUUCAAAUCCAGCCUCAAACACUAGUUAUGUGACCCUGGGCAGGCUACUUAAUCCUGCUCACCUCAAUUUCCUAAUCUGUAAAAUGAGCUGGAGAAGGAAAUGGUAAACCACUCCAGUAUCUUUGCAGGAAAAUCCUAAAUGGGGUCAUGAAGAAUCAGACAUGACUGAAAAAUGACUAAACAGUUUCCAUCUCCACCAGCCUAUUUUCAGAGCUCACAAUCCCUCAAACUCACCCAGGUAUAUUUGUGGAGCGAACAGGAAUUGUAUCAUGAUAAAGUUUUUUUAUAAAACUAUUUUAUAAGCCCACUUUUGUGCCCUAUAAAGUUUUUUAUAAAACUAUUUUGUAAGCCCACUUUUGUGCCCUAUAAAGUUUUUUAUAAAACUAUUUUGUAAGCCCACUUUUGUGCCCUUUCUAGUGCUUAUCAUGAUGCCUGACAAAUGUUUGAUGACUGUUUCAAAUCCCUGUCUUGAGCAGAAGGUAGUGAAGAUCCACAUCCCAAGUCAAACUUAAUUCCUUUUGUAAACUCUAUUUGAUUAAUCCCAUCAGGACUCUUGACUCUUAGGUUUUUUAAGUACUAGCCAUACUGUGUGGUAAUGUAUGAUUUUCACUUGUUGAUGUACUUUUUGGGGAAGUUUUUCUAAAUCUUUGUGAGAAAAAUAUUAAUUUUUUUUCCCUUCAGUCUUAGAAUGCAGAAAUCUGGUCUUCUGCAGAGGGUUCCCUGAGGGAAGGUUGUCUCUCUCUCAGACACAUACUUUUCAGUGCACUGACAUCAUCCAAGUCUUUGUUCUAAUAAAAGACGUGACACUUAAA